GAGAGUCUGGGGGAUGAAAACAUGUCAGACCAAAGAAUGUGUUACAGUGUGUGUCUGACUGGAGUGAGGAGUAGGAUAGUGUUUAAAGAGGGAGCCAAAGGACAUUUUGAAUUGGGAUUAAAUAAUCUGUGUGUGAUAAUGAUGUUCAAAUGGUAGUUUUUGGUGUUCAUCUGAAAUGACAAUCAGGAGGAACAGUUUAGAAAAAUCUAAAGUGAUAAAUAAUGAAGAAUUCACUCCGAAGAAAAAUGACCUCCAGCUCAACUUUAACUAAAGCCAACAUACUUCCACAAGCUGCUCAAAUCAAUCCCAGGCCAGUGGGUUUGUCUCAGAUGAGAAGUGUUUUCUCCAGUGUGCCUCCACUCUUUGGAACAGCACAAGCUUCCCUGUUGACUCUAGCCCAACUUGAAGCUCAGCUAAUUUUGAACCUGAUUCAUAAUGUUGCAUCCGGAAAUAAUAGUGGUAAUGGGAACCCAUUUGUUCCUUUAAAUCCCUUACAGCCUAUUGGCAUUAAUAGAUCCUCAUUUUUUAGCAUGCACCAGUGCCAAGGGGGGUUUAAAAACAUGUACUCCACACCUCACAUGGUUAGGCAUCCUUCAACAGCAGUCACAGAAAUUAAUUCAGUCACUGCUAGAAAAGAGAGGCAUGCACUUCUGGCAAAAGAGAUUAUUCAGGAGAAAACACUAGGUCCCGUCAUGAAUAACACCACAUCUGAGGAAGCUCUUUUUAGAUUCAGUCCCAACCAUUUACAAUGUUCCCAAUACCAGUCAGUGACAGCCAAAGCAAUGAUGCCUCCUGAAGAAGAGCCAAAGCAACAAACAAUGCUCCAGCAUCCAGCACAAAGUCUGAUCAAAGCUUUAACCAGCCUUGGCCUUUCUCUUGAGGAUCUAGAAUUACUCAGUCACUGCCCAGACAACCAGUUAACAACAGAGAAUCUCCCCUUCAUUAUACAAGAUAUUCAACAGCACAAAGGAACAAAGGACAUUGAAUAUGGCCAUGCUAGAUGGAUCUCAUCUGAUCAUGGUGAAUCAUCCAGAGAGUCGUCAUGCACUCAUGGGGAACAGAGGAAUCGGAGGAUUGUAAACGGUCAGAGAUCUCUCAGCCCUGAAAGAUGUCGGCCAGCUAAAGUAAUUUAUAAGCGCUUCUCGACCCAAUCUAGAACACUAAGAACAAUACAUUCAUCAUAUCGGCCUGCUGAGGACUCCGGCUGGAGGACUGGUUCAGUCUAUAUCCCCCCUCGAUCAAAACGCAGCAUAAGGCACAGCUUUGUCUCUUUAGACUGUAAUAAAGCAAUACAUUCUACAACAAGAAAACCCUUGUCCUCUCCACACAGAGCCAACACUUACAAUGCCAUGACAAAAGGUCAUCAGUUUCCAGUCAAAUCUGCAAAAUCAGAAGUAGCCGCUGAAUCAAUCAACAUUCAGAUGCCAGUAAAUAAGACAACUGCAAGAACAUCAGCACAAACUAAGGGUAUGAUUCGUGUGUCUGGAAUCCCUUUUGAUUACUCUCAGAGUGAACUCAUCAAAAUGGCAUCUCCGUUUGGUCAACCAGUUGAGGUUUUAAUGGCAACCGAGGUUUACACAACAACCUGUCUAGAAUGGAAGAAGGCUUUACUGGUGUUUCCAGCUUCAUUCUCAGCCGAGGAGAUGGUGAAGGUUUACUCUGCUAUCCCAGUUCACAUGAGACAGCAAAGUUUGGAGCUGGUGUCCCAAACUGUUGACUUUAGUUCACCUGUGUCAGUGUUUCAUGCUUUUGUCGGGCCAUCAUUGUCAAAUGGGUUGCUGACAGCUUUGGACCAUUUGCUGGUUGUAUGUAAUGUCCCCAAUCAGCCCAGUGCUGCUUCAGGAGUGCUACGGCUGCUAAAGCCUUUUGGACAAGUUUACAGAGCUCUGGUACUUCAUGAAAGCAAGGUGGAUGUUGGUCAGUGCCUUGUGAACAACAGCAGCAUCCAGAUGGUUUUAGAGAUGGAAUCCGCUUCUGUUGCUUUAUCUGUAUAUGAGUGGUCUCAAAAAAUUCCUUGUCUUUAUCACAACCAUCAUUUGUCUUUCGUCAGAGGAUGCAAUGUACAGAAAAAUACAUCUGAGGUCUAUUCAGCCUAAUAUCUUCACAGUUUUGUCCCCUUAAAUAUCGUUUAUUUUCAUUAUCUGUGUAAUAAAAUACUAUGAAACAAUGUCAUAAGAA